CUUGAGGGUACUAUCAUUGUCUCAUUACAAGAUUAAGGAGUUGCCAAAUGACUUGUUUAUCAAAUUAAAGCUCCUCAGAUUUUUGGAUAUUUCUUGGACAGAGAUUAAAAGGUUGCCAGAUUCCAUUUGUGUGUUGUAUAACUUAGAGACACUUCUCCUGUCAUUUUGUGGUUCUCUUAAAGAGCUACCGCUGCAGAUGGAGAAGUUGAUUAACUUGCGUCAUCUUGACAUAAGCAACACUCUUAGCUUGAAGAUGCCACUACAUCUGAGCAGGUUGAAAAGCCUCCAAGUGUUGGUGGGAGCCAAGUUUCUUGUAGGUGGUUGGAGAAUGGAAUAUUUGGGUGAAGCACAAAACUUAUAUGGAUCUCUAUCAGUUGUAAAGUUGGAAAAUGUGGUUGAUAGAAGGGAAGCUGUGAAGGCAAAGAUGAGGGAGAAGAAUCAUGUUGACAAGUUAUCAUUGGAGUGGAGUGGAAGUAGCAGUGCUGACAAUUCACAAACAGAAAGAGACAUACUUGAUGAGCUACGCCCACAUAAAAACAUAAAAGAAGUUGAAAUCAGUUGAUAUAGAGGGACAAACUUUCCAAAU